CCAAAACCCUAAACUCCACGCUUUUAUAGAUCAACGAGAGUUAGGGUUUUAGCCGCUGCUCUUGUGACGGAACUUAAAAAGCAGAGAGAGAGCAUAAAGAGGAGUCUGUGGAAUUGCAAUUAGGGUGGAAAGCUGAGGAUGGUGGGGGACAAGAGCAAGAAGGCGAAGACUGAUGAGGAGAACGUCGAGCAAAUCGAUGGAGAGCUUGUCCUGUCCAUCGAAAAGCUUCAGGCCAUUCAAGACGACCUCGAGAAGAUAAACGAGAAGGCUAGCGAUGAAGUGUUGGAAGUGGAGCAGAAGUACAACGGUAUAAGGAAGCCUGUCUAUGACAAGCGUGGCGAUAUCAUCAAAGCCAUCCCUGACUUCUGGCUCACUGCUUUCUUGAGCCACCCUGCUCUUGGUGAACUUUUGACUGAAGAAGACCAAAAGAUAUUCAAAUAUCUAAGCUCUCUGGAGGUUGAGGAUGCCAAAGAUGUGAAGUCUGGAUACUCUAUCACUUUUAACUUCAAUCCCAACCCUUACUUUGAGGAUGGGAAACUAACUAAGACCUUUACCUUCCUGGAAGAAGGGACAACCAAAAUAACAGCCACACCUAUCAAGUGGAAAGAGGGCAAGGGCUUGUCAAAUGGAGUUGAUCACGAGAAGAAUGGAAACAAACGUGCCUUACCUGAAGAGAGUUUCUUUACCUGGUUUAGCGAUGCUCAACACAAGGAAGAAGACGUUGAAGUAGAGAUCCACGACGAGGUUGCGGAUAUCAUCAAGGAAGACUUAUGGGCUAACCCUCUCACCUACUUCAACAAUGAGGCUGAUGAAGAGGAUUUUGAUGAUGAAGAUGAUGAGGGGGAAGAAGGUGAUUCUGAUGAAGACGAUGACGCAGAAGGCGAAGAUGGUGAGGAAUGAUUGGAGAGGCGCUUCCCCAUAAACCACCAUUUGCUUACAUGUCUUCUAUAACAGAGUGUGUGUUGAAAGGUUUUUAAUUUUAAGCAAAAUGGUCAUGACGACAACAUAUAAGACAAGCUUUUCAUGCUUCGAUAAGAAUACAUUUUAGCUAUUUUAAUCUUUUUGUUUGUAGGAGUUCCAUUUUCAGUCUUUGUUGCAGAGUCCUGCUUAAACUGUUUUCGAGUCUGACAUAUCUAUUCUCUUCUACUCUUCUUAUAUAAAUGUUCUCCUCUC